AUGGAUCGAGCCGCUUGGUCGAACGACGAGGAGAACCGACCGCCUGCUGAUUAUCCGGGCCCAGUUGGCAGACGAUCUGAUCCGAACCCGCAGAGCAGCUCUCCAAUCGUAACGGAGCCUAGUGCAGGUGGGGUGCAAGCUGAUAUUGCACGAGCAGCCCGAGAGAUGCUGAGUCGGUAUCCGAUUGGGACGAGUCUCCUGCGGCCAGACUUCAGCCAGUUGAUUGGCAAUCUCUCGAUCGGCGAUCCUCAUCCGACCGUUGGAUCCGAUCCACUCGCGCCGUUCCGCGAAGCCCUCUCGCUGGUCGAUCGUGGCUUAGUCCAGUCGAUGAAUGCGCCCAGCCCGGCAUCCUCGAUGGCCUCCCCGCCGCUUUCGCCCGCCCAGCUCGACUGGGUGCACCGGCAGCUCGGGCCAGUCAACCGGCUGAUUGAGCAGCAUGCCAGCCAAGCCUUGCUCUUCAAGGACCUUCCCUACACUCCCCUUCCUUCCCUCGGCCUAGACCCGCCAUCGGCCAUCCCAAACCUACCCGGACCGGCCGGCGCUCAUGCCAGUACAAUCAAAGUAUCAGCACCGUCGCCUCUAUCAGAUUCAUUGCCAGCCGCCGACAACCCUCUCAAAGAAACUACCGACCCAGACGAAAUCAAGUCGUUCUACAGACGAUUUGUCACUCAAACCCUUCAGCAACAACUCGAUCAAGCCAGCCAUCACCAACAGCAGCAACAGCAACAGCAGCAUCAUCAACCACAGCUACAGCAGCUACAUGGUCAGCGACAGCAAGUCCAGCAGCAUACUUCUCAAGCAAAGCCUCACUCUACUCCCUUACCUCAUUCAUCAUUUUCCUUCAAUACCGUUCCAUCAAGGCAACCAUCCCAAGACUGUCAACGAGCCGAAUCACCGGAUCCACUAGCCAUGAAUCUGGCCACUCGUUCUGCGCAGCGCUCUCGCCCAAAACCCCACCCCUUGGAAGAAAAUUCUACGCCGUCCCCGCACCUUCUGAAAAAGAGGCGCACUAACAAGGAAGCCAAACGUACUGCUCACCUACCAGCCGAGGCCCCAAGGUCACUCCCGCCAGCAACGAACAAACCACCUACUACCGUCUCCAGUUCAUCUCUAAUCAAGCCAUCAUCCACUCACGUCCCCUCCUCCCAACCACCCAGCACAACCAAGCCCCAUCAUCGAUCAGAGGCCUCAAGUACCCCCGUUCCGAAUCAAGAUCCUUCGCAGAAAUUUGUAAGUUUAGUUGAAGAUGUUUUAGAGGCAGAUGAUAUGGCAGUGCCUGCCCAGUAUUUCUGCCAACUCGAAUCGCAAUCCAUCCUUUCGCCGGCAUGUUUGUCAAACAUUAAGGCCUUUUUGGAACAGACCAAUGGAGAGGCAAUUGAAAGAGUGCCAAUCACGGAUCUAACUCGGUUAAUCAAAAUUUUGGAGCGAGGAGUGAAGAUUGUGGAAGACUUGAACAUCAUACCAGCUGAGAUGAAGCAAAAGCAGACGAAAUUUUCGAACUCUGGUUCGUUUCCCGAUCGCCCUCCGUCUUCCAAACAGAUGUCGUCUAAGAAAUCAUCUCCGUCCGGUAGUCGUGUACCCAAGCCCUCAUCCAAGAGACGGCUCAAGGCAUUAGUUGAAGACUCGAUGGGCGGACAAGUACCACAUGAAAACUUGAAUACCGAGUCUGAAAACGAGGGAGCGCACAUAAAUACGAUCGAGCAGGGCCUAAAGGAUCUUCUCAUCGCACUGAAUUCAACUGAUGCGACCCUGGCUAUUCUGGCUUACGAUAAACAUCUGCCAAAACAGUUUUAUUCUGAAGAAUUGAUCAGAUCCCUCGUAAAAGGUGCAAAAGACCAGCUCAAUACUGUAAUCUUUCCUUUUGUCGAAGCAAAUAAUCAGAAAGGAACUCUAGACGCCUACUCACAGAAGCUUCGUCGAGUCAUGUGUGCAUCGAAGGUCAUUUCUAGUUAUCUUUCACAAAACUUCUCAUUUUUCUCGACAUCCAUCUUGCCCAAGGUGGAUGUUCUUGUGAGGCGAAUCGAUCUUUCAGAAUCAAUUAUUGCGAGUGUCUCCUACAUAACAAUUGCGCCAUUCUUCGUCGAUUGCGGACCAACCUUCAUUCUGCCGAGCUCAAGCACAAAAUCGAGAAAGACUUUGCAAGACAAUGGCUCGAUGAAAGCUAUGCGCUUAGAAUGUUUGAAACUCCUUCGUAAUGUUUCAUCGAAAUACCCCGAUCAGAGAAGCUGGAUCAUCGAAGAAAUUUUGAACUCUAUCAUCAAUCUUCCAGAACAAUCUGCCCGGGGUAGCAAGGCAGUUUACCACUUAACAAACGGCAAAUCAAUCCAGACGUUUUCAGCCCUUUUGCUACAUAUCGUGCAAUGUUGUCUUUCUGGGGCAAGGUCACGCGUUGGUGCAAUACUUAGCUCAUCAGCCCCAGGCUCUCUGGAUCCAUCUACUACGGAAAUCGAAGAUAAAGCUCCUUCGCCGUCAACUGGACCCCAACCAUCAGAUAGCGCGUCAGCUUUUGGUGCCGUCAAAGAAUUCAUCGAACCUGAAAUAUCGGCAGCGACCAAGCUUUCUAAAAAAAUCAUGUCCUUUUUGCUGCAGAAAACCGGGAAGAGUACAAAAUCCAGUCAUGAAGCGCAUUACAGAAUCUUGUUCGAUAAAUUAGUCGAAGACUUGCUCAGUGUUCUUUUCUUGCCGGAUUGGCCCGUCGCUGAAUUCAUAUUGGGGCUGUUCUGUAAGACGAUGAUUGGUUUGCUCGAGUCGACUAAGGUCUCCGCCGAUUCGAACGCUGUCAAGAGCAUGUGUCUUGAUUACCUUGGUCCAAUCACUGCUAAGCUGAUGGAGCCCAUCGCGCAGCGGCUUGAGCAAUCAUCAAAUCAAAUGAUUCCAUCACUGUCAUUUAAGGCCAUCAUUAAGAACUUGGACCAGAAGGCAUUUUCUCACCUAUCCCGUCUUCAGACAACUGUUUUAACUAGCCUGGAUGUGAAGAACACAUCGAGUGACUUCAGCAACACCGCCGCCGAUUUCGCACACGCCCAGUGGACCUGCGAAAUGAUCAAUGCCUCGAAGAGCUUGCAAAGCCUAGAAGAUCAACUCCAAGCAGAUUCGGAGAAAGGACAAGAAAUUGACGAGGAGGAGAAACAAGAUAACGCCAAGCGACAUGCGUUUCUUCAGCAUAUGAAUUCAUACAUUCGCGAAUUGGGAACCAUGCAGCUUGCUCGCACCGCAUCUACAGUCAGUCGACAUUGCAGUGAUGAAUCUAGCGCAGAAAUAGGAACUGGGCCACUGAAUGAAGCGAUCUCCAAGGUCCAAGGCCUGAAGGGCCUGGCUGAUUUCUUUCUGGAACGUAUCAUGGCUACCUCUGCCUCCCCUUCUGUCACGUUUCGGAGUAAGGCCAUCAAGGCUCUUGCUCUGGUUGUCGCGAAGGAUGAAACAGUGUUUUUUCAGGAAUCGGUUCGAAGGGCCAUAGAAAACCGAAUGCACGAUAGCUCCCCAGCAGUGAGGGAUGCCACUGUUGAGUUGGUAGGAAAAUACGUGGUUGAUCGUCCCGAUCUGGCAGUAGCAUUCCUGCCACAGAUAUCGGCGCGAAUUGCGGACAAGGGCGUUUCGGUGCGCAAGAGGGUAGUCAAGCUUUUGAAGGCGAUUUAUCUCAUCCUUAAUCAGGAGGAGUGGGUCGAUUUGAAGGUUGAUAUUUCGCAUCGUCUGAUAUCAAGAAUCUACGAUGAAGAAACUUCCAUAAAACUCUUGGCAAUGAAUGCCCUUAAUGAGCUGUGGUUCAACGAAACAAAUGGUGAUGAUUUCAAUGUCAGCUUCACCAGUUCAAUUCUCAUGAAAGUCACGGCCGCCUACAAAGAACUGCCAUCCCCUGUCGAGUGUGUCAUGAAAUUUAUCAUCAAACAAUACUUGAAACAAAGUAAAACAUCUCGUCAGCAAUUCGAUCAACGAUGUAAACAAAUUGUGGAACACUUGAUCGAUCAAUUAAUGGACGUUGCGCCCGCUCGCGAUCAAGCGUUUAGCGAAGUAGGGUGCAUCCAAACGAUUUGCAUCUUAACAUUUGCUUCUCCGAAACUGCUAGAGCCGAACAAAGCGCUCAUGCUGCUGCCCUAUCUGAAGGGUGCGACUACACCUAGUGAAAUUCUGAUAGUUCAGUACUUGCUUCAAAUCUUCCGGGUCUGUGUGACAUUGAUUCCCAGAUCGUCAAGCACCUUUGGAGAACAAUUGCAGCGGGCUUUGUUGGUCCUGGUCAAUAAACCCAACCUCAGCGGCGGAGGAGCCGUCUUACAAGAACUAAUUGCCUGCUUUUGCGCGGUGGUGAUCCAUCAAACACGGGACUAUGACCAGUUACUAAAUGUGUUCAAGGCUUGCGAACAUCGGCUCAGGAAUGAAAUAGAGCAACUAGAUGAUAGCUCGGCGAUUUCCAAUACAAAAUCGCUACCAGUGUUAAUGUAUUUAGUCAGUACGUUAGUGGCAUAUGGGAAAUUAGACCAGCUCCCCGCGGGACAAGAGCACAUCCGAGAAGCCUUGAAGACUAUCUCCCAGGAUUCCGCAAUCCACUUACACGCCUACAAUCUUCUACUUCGUGUCUAUGAUGCUAAACCAGCGCAGAAAAUUAAAACCAUGACUUUAUCCUGUUUGGGUCUUUUGUACCGAGCUUUUCCGUCUCUGAUGACGCGCCGCGAAUCAAUAACUCUGAUGGAUCAUGUGUUUAACAACUAUGACGACAGCGAUUUGCAGCAGCGACUGCUGAAACUAAUAGUAGAAUCCAUCUCAAAUCAGAUCGAGCAAGGACAGGGCGAGGCUGAACCCGUCGAUGCGAAGGAAGUGGACGUAAAUCAGUUGAUUGGUAAUGUCGACGCCUUUCCCGAUUCAGGUGUUAUCUCAGCAAUCGUGCAGCGGUAUCUUCCACAAAUCACAACUCUCGCCCAAUCGACCAACCCGCACGUUCAAAAAACGGCAGUUGAGAUUGUCUCUUUUACCAUCAAGCAAGGAUUAACACAUCCCUUGGAAUGCGUGCCUGUGCUGGUUGCGCUGGAAAGCUCGAAGGACAUGGCCAUUGCUUCACAGGUCUUCGCCUUGCACACGCUACUCCACGUGCAGCGUGGGAACCUGGUACAUUGUCGCUUUCUUGAGACGGUCAACAAGGUAUUCGACUGCCACACCAGGACAUCUGAAACCAGUCCGUUUACAAACGGGUAUGUGAGCAGUCCGACCCGAUCGGUGCUAGCAUCCUGGUACACCCUUUUGAGCGAGAAACGGGUUUGGAGACUGGCCUUCCUCAAGGCGCUUAUCAAGUCAUUUUCGAUUGAUCCUCAGUCUGACAAGUUCGAUCAGAGAGCUAUCGCUUUUCAGCAGUAUCUCGCCGAAGCCCUGUUGACUUUGGAGUUGAAAACCGAGGAAGAAGCCAUGGUGCUUAUUGAAAGUUUGAAUUGUAGUGUUGGGCAAGCGGCCUAUCAAACUCUGCAGCUCCUUGACGAUGAUCCGUUGAAAGCUUUGUUGAGUUCGACUAGUCGGCAAAAGGACUGUGAAGACGAUGGCUCCAAGUCUCGCUCGAUUCGAUUCGGCUUCAAUAGCUCAAUAGUCUUGGGAAUCGCAUUCGUCUUGCGGGAUCUUUUGAAAGAGGCUUAUGGUGUCAGUGACCAAAAACUGAACAAGUUUGCAGCGGGCGUAGAGAAAGGUAUUGGGAGCAAGGCAUCAAGAGAAAAGUUGAUCAGUCGAUCAAUAAGCGUGAAGGAACUUGCGGAACGAUUUGCGAUGGAACUGGAAAGGACAGUACCAGGAUUGGAUGAACGGCUGAACGAACCUGAACGGCUCCAGAAGCAAAUCGAAGCGUUUGGAAACCUAGUUAGAUAUGAUAGCGAAGUCUUGCAAAAGGAGGAGCAUGCGGAAGUGAUCGGCGAUGAGGAGAACUCCUUUUCAGCUGAAGAUGAUGACGGCGCCGAUGACGAUGUUGAAGGGGUGUGA